AUCCAAGUUGUUCAUAGAAUAAUAACAAAAGUACGCUUUUGUUUUGAUCUUUUAUACGUUUGAUGAGCCGAGCAAAGUGCAUUUAAUGCAAUAUCUGAGCAAGGCAGGGUCAGUGCACCUUCGUUGGCUAUUUGCGCGCAAUUUAUUGUUCAUUGCCGCUACUGCUGCGGUCACAAGUCGCACAACGUUUGCGACAACCACAACAACAUUACCGGUAGCCUCAUUGUCAACUUUAGCAAACUGCAACAAGAUGGGCGACAAGUCAUGUGAAUCGAGCUAUACCGCCGGCUCUAGCUCUGUGGCUUUUGUAACAACGCCGGAUAAGGAAUCGGCCAAGAAACUGGCCCAUGGCAUCAUCGAACGCAAAUUGGCAGCGUGUGUGAAUAUUAUACCACAGAUCGAGUCCAUCUAUAUGUGGGAGGGCAAAGUGAACGAGGAUAAUGAGUAUCUGAUGAUGAUCAAGACGCGUUCCACACGCAUUGAGGAGCUUAGCAAGUUUGUGCGUGAAAAUCAUCCAUAUAGCGUUGCUGAGGUUAUAUCACUGCCCAUACAGGCGGGAAAUUCGCCAUAUCUCAAUUGGAUAAUGCAGACAGUGCCGGAAAAACUGGAGAAUAAAGACUAAUUGUGCCCAUUAAAUGAAUAAUUGAAACAAUUACAAGAAUCGUUAUUUAAUCAA